AUGAAGAUUUCUGCAAUUCUUAUAGUUGCUCUUAGUAUGGCCCUUCUUUCAGAUGCCGCGCGAUCGAAGGAUCCAACCCCACCAAAAGGCACGGGAAACCCCGCAGCUGACAAUCCUCUCGGUGGUAUUCAAAUGCCAUUUAUUAAGCAGGAUGGCAGAACUUUCAAUGUUGGUCAAAAGGGCUUUGGAAGCGAGUUUGCUGCACACAGAAAUCAAUGUACUGUUCAGCACGAUGCAUGUGUAGCUGCUGUCGGCACGAAACCUGAUAUUCCUGACGCUGGUGCUUGUGAUGCGCAACAAGAAACUUGUAAUAAUGGUGCCCCUGUAUAUGGAUAA